AUGAACAGCGACAAGUCCUUUUCGCUCUCUUUACGCGACUUUGCCCCGAGGCACUUCUGCGACGGUGUCGAGGAUGUCUCCCUGUCCUUUUCGUACAAGCAGCUCGCCACUAUUGUCGACAUAGCCGAGAAGCACGAGAUGAGUGCAACGUCGGACCAAAGCACAAGCAACCAGCUCGAGCGCAGCCAGCCUCCGCCGAUCGGCAGGCCCAAUGCUCGGGAGGUGGCCCGUAUGCGCCAGGCAAAGCUUGAUGCUCGUGACAAGGACUAUGAGCCUGAGGAGGAUGAGUACGAAUGCGGAGUGCGGAUUGAUGGUCAGCUGUACAGACACCUGCUCGACGUGCCGAAGCUUGGGUCCAGGCUAUGCGUCUUCUUUGAAGCCAAGCGCGACCGAGAGCCGCCUAAAGGUCGCUGGGCCACUUACACACAGGAGGCGUUGGAGCACAUCGCCAUUAUCUGGGCGCGGCACUUCGACCAAGAGAGUGGCACCAUGGCCUUGAACCCGCUGGGCGGCCUCGCGAAGAAUACCUCGCGUACCUCGCUAAACCCAAAGGUGCAGAUCCUGCCUGAGGAUAUUGGUCACGAUGGCAUAGGCGAUCACUCUCCUUAUUCUCCGCUGGCUGUUGCCCAGCCCCAGGCUGACGCCCCCGGUCCCGGUUCGCAAGUCGUAAUUCCGCAAGUGGCUGACGGACAGCACAUGAGACUCUCCACACCCAGGUUGGCCUUGAGCUACGGUCCGGGACCUGACCAACCUCCACCCACCCCCUGCGGCGAGUUCAGAGAGGCUGCUGAGCCGUUCCCGGAGCGCGUCUCCGGGGAACUACUGGCGGAGCGACUCCGACUCGAGGCUGGGCCGCGAGAGGGACGGCGACACUCACGAGGCCGCGAUGGGGGGGACCUCGCCAAGUUGCUCGAGGAGGCGGACUCCAAGAAGAACAACACCAACAACAACUCCGGCCAUCCGGCAGACACGCCACGCGUAAGUCUGCAACCAUCCCCUGACAUGCUUAGCCGAAGAGAUUUUGAGACUGACCUCCACGGUGGCCAUUCACAGACUGUCGCCAGAGUUUGUUGA